AUGACAUCCCGUUCCGCGUCUAUCGCCUGGCGAAACAGCCUCCGGGCUCGCGCCCUCCCCGCCUCCCGCUGGACUCAACGGCCCUCGGCCUUUCUGCCACGGGCCGAGCGGUGCGGCACUGUGAGAUAUGCCUCCGAAUCUGCCCCUGCGAAGGCCGCUGAGGUCGUGAAGGAGGCUCCCAAGGAACUCCCCCAGGAGGUUAAGGAGAUCCCCAAGCGUGCUGGUCGCAAGUCGCGGAAGGGUAUCUAUGGUACUUCGUUGGCGGUUGUGCUGCUGGUGGGAUACAUCUAUGGCACUGAUACCCGGGCUAGUGUGCACAGGUACGGUCUUGUGCCUCUUAUUCGGAUGAUUUACCCCGAUGCCGAGGAUGCGCAUCAUGCUGGUGUGGAUGCGAUGAAGACCCUUUAUCAAUAUGGUCUUCAUCCUCGUGAGCGCGGCAAUCAGGAUGGUGAUGGUGCUCUGUCUACUGAGGUCUUCGGAUACACCCUCUCCAACCCCAUUGGUAUCUCUGCUGGUCUGGACAAGCAUGCCGAUAUCCCCGAUCCGCUGUUCGAAGUUGGCCCCGCCAUCGUUGAGGUCGGCGGCACUACUCCUCUGCCCCAAGAUGGUAACUCCAAGCCUCGAGUGUUCCGUCUGACCUCGCAGCGCGCCAUGAUCAAUCGCUACGGUCUCAACUCCAAGGGAGCCGACCACAUGGCCGAGGUUCUGAAGCAGCGUGUGAUUGACUUCGCCUACGCUGCCGGCUUUGGCAAACACGAGGAGUCCGCACAGCGCGUUCUGGAUGGCGAGGCCAAUGUACCUCCGGGCAGUCUGGUCCCCGGCAAGCUGCUUGCUGUGCAGGUGGCCAAGAACAAGCUCACCCCCGACGGAGACAUUGAUGCUAUUGCGCGCGACUACGUCUACUGUGUUGACCGUGUUGCCCGCUACGCUGAUAUUCUCGUCGUGAAUGUGUCCAGCCCCAACACCCCCGGUUUGCGCGACCUCCAAGCCGCAGCCCCACUGACAGCCAUCCUGACAGCCGUCGUUGGCUCCGCCAAGAAGGUUGAUCGCAAGACCAAGCCUUACGUGAUGGUGAAGGUCAGCCCGGAUGAAGACUCAGACGAGCAGAUCUCCGGUAUCUGUGAAGCAGUCUGGAACUCCGGUGUCGACGGUGUCAUCGUCGGCAACACCACCAACCGCCGACCCGACCCUCUCCCCCAGGGCUUCGUCCUCCCAGAGAAGGAGCAGCAGACCCUGAAGGAGACAGGCGGCUACUCUGGCCCGCAGCUCUCUGACCGCUCCGUCGCCCUUGUUGCCCGUUACCGCGCCCUCCUCGACAAGGGACCCCAGUCCCAGACUGACGCGCCCGAUGCCGAGAAGAUCCCCGCUGAUGCCCCGCGCAAGGUGAUUUUCGCCUCGGGCGGUAUCACUACCGGCCAGCAGGCGCGCGCCGCACUGGAUGCUGGUGCCUCUGUUGCGAUGAUGUACACCGGCAUUGUGUAUGGCGGUAUCGGAACCGUGACGCGGGUUAAGCAGGAGCUGCGCGAGGAGCUGCAGAAGAAAUGA